GUUUUGUUGCUGCCAAAAGAGCUUUUGGCCGUCGCCAUUAAAGCGGCGAUAGCAAAUUUUUCGUCGACGUUUUGAAUUCGUCGUUUACGGCGAUUGGGUGAGCUCAGCUCCCCUGGGUUACAGGUUUUGGUUCUUCAACUCAUUUUAUAUAAUAAGUAAUAGUAGUUUACGGUAAAGAUUUGUUAUUUUUUUCAUUCUGACGGUAUUUAUCAUGGCUUUCUGAAAAGAUGGGCAUCAAGAUAAGUUCUGUAUCUCCAUGCGGAGAAUUCGCAUUCUGUUCAGUGUUUUUACAUGUUAGAGGAAUUUGCAAUGGAAAAGAAGUCAACAAAUCGUUCAGGGCAGCCUCCAGUGAAGGGGGUCUCAACUGAAUCUAAAAAGCUUCAAGAUGGUGUUGGCAGUAAACAGUUCCCACGCUCCUAUCGUAAACGUGAGCCAAAUGGAGCUAACGGUCAGAAAUGUGACCCGAGCAGGAAGCCUGUACCACAGAAAAAUAAGUCCUUUGAUAAACGACCGAGACAGAGGACGCAGUGUUUUGACGGUGGAAAGGAGAAUUCCAAGGUUGCGGUCGAGGACGUGGCUGAGUACGGCUCAGUCUUGGUGCCCGGAAGCAAGAAGCAGAACUUGAACCAUCUGCUGAAUUUCCACUACGCCCCGAGGGAGGGCGUGGGGCCCGGCUCGGGCCAGUGGCGGCACGGGGUGCCGGGGUACUGCCGCCAGACACACGGCCGCUGGCUCGCCACCUACAAGCACAAGUACAACAAGGAGCAGUUCCUCCAGGCCAAUUGCCAGUUUGUGGUGAAAGCUGAUGGCAAUUAUACAUCGUACAGUUCAAAUCCAGAUGCUCUGGUUGAGUGGGAUCUUAUUGAGCAAAUACGUAUCCAAAGCAGCGAUUUGCUGUCGUGUCCCAUCUGCCUGUACCCGCCGGUCGCGGCCAAGAUGACGCGCUGCGGCCACGUCUACUGCUGGCCGUGCAUCCUGCACUACUUGGCGCUGUCCGACAAGACCUGGCGCAAGUGCCCCAUCUGCUACGAGGCCGUGCACAAGGAGGACCUGAAGAGCGUGCUGGCUAUCCCGCAUGCCCACUUCCCCGUGGGGUCGGAGAUCACUCUGCGUCUGAUGAAGCGCGAGAAGGGCUCUCUGAUUGCCACUCCUGCAGCGGAGUUUGACACCCAUCCUGGUCGCUUGCUGUCUGUGUCCGAGACAGCCUUGGACACUGUGUACUCCAAGCUUCUGCUUGCCACUUCUGCAGAGGUACUUCCGAUCAUUGACUGUGAGAGAAAGGAACUUGAGAUUCAGCUGGCGGAAGAAAAAGAUUCUCCGGAGAUGUGCUUCAUCGAGCAGGCGCUGGAGCUGCUGAAGCACAGACAGGCCGAUGUAACUUCUAAAACUGAUCAGACACUCGGAAAUAUGACCCAGAACGUGAUUCCAGCACCCGUGCCAGACGUGUUGGCGCCGCUGCAACCGGCCAGGACGGUGGCACAGAAAAUCCCGGCGGUGGUGUACAGCUCGGCAUUUGACGACUGCGUGCUGGAGGGAGCAUUGGGUGAGGAGGAGAGCGGGGGUGAUGAGGGGCAGGGGGUGGGCGACCACCGACGCUACGAGAGCGUCAGCAGCGAGAGCUGCAGCGACGACGGCAACAUAGCGGCCGCUUGCGACGGUCCUCAGCCCGGUGGUGAUCCGGCGGAAGAAGCUCCGCCUGUUAAAUGCUUCUAUUUCUACCAAGCGGCGGACGGGCAGCACAUCUACCUGCACGCCCUGAACGUGCGCAUGCUGGAGAGCAGCCACGGCAGCCUGAAGGACUGCCCGCCCGUGCUGCGCGGCCGCAUCGCGGAGAAGGAGUCGGGCUCCAUGACGGAGGAGCUGAGGGGCCGGCUGCGCUACCUCCAGCACCUGCCCGUCACCUGCCAGUUCGACGUGGUCGAGAUCGUCCUGCGUCCUCCCCUCGUGUCGCGCGCCGCCCUCGACAAGUUCCGAGACCAGCUGGAGAUGAGGAAGCGGAAGCGGCAGCACCGCGCCCGCGAGGAGAGGCGGCGCGAGAAGCACAUCACGGAGGAGGAGAACCGUCGCUGGGGGCGCGGCCCGGCCCCGAAGAUACGCUUGGAGUCCCACCACCAGUUCCCGCUCUGCGGCAGCGAGACCCCGCCGGUGCCCGCCACUCCUACCGGGCCCCCAUCCACGGCCAGCAGUGACGAGGUUCUGGCUCGCAACUUGGACGCUGACUUGCUGCUAGACGUCGCUCAGGCUGUGGACGAUGCCGCUGCCUCGCCGCCUGUGCAGCCGGAGGAGGAGCCACCCGCCGUGGGCUCUCCGGAUUCUGGCUUCUCCUUCGCCCAGAUGCUGCGGGAGGGUCGGGGCAAGGGGUCUGGCAGCUGGGCCGUGCCUCGCCGGACGGCCAAUAGGCAGGCUGGGCCCCAGCACUCGGACAGUGACCCGGAGCAGGGGGAGCACGCCCCCUCCCCCUCCUACAAGCUCAACUUCAGCGACGCCAUUGCCCUGGCCCUGGAGAAGGCAGCCCCGUCCGGCCAGGUUGAGCAAGGAGAAUGUUCAGUUUCUGCUGGUAAGAAGAAGAAGAAACAGAAGAAACCAAAGGUGUUGUUUGCAACUGGAAUGGCCUGCCCUGGUGGGCAGUGAAUUAUUUUGAAUGCUGUCUUACAAAAUUAAUUUACAUAACCUUGCAUUAGUUUCUGUAGCAACAUUAUUAUUCAUCUUAUUUCACUUCAAUUAGUUACAAAGUUAAAUAUAUAUGCUGUUGGUAAUAUCGAUUGGUCUAUUCAGUUUCUAAUUGAUUUAUGUCUGUGGAUUUUUUUAGAUGUUAAAUAAUUAUGUUUACAGUUUAUUUAGUUUUAGGACACAUCCUUCCUUUUAUAUAUAUUGGAAUUAAUGAAAUGAGUUUGAUUUUUUUUUUUUUUUUUUUUUUCCAAAUUGAAAUAGUUUAUUUCAUUUUAUUAAUGGUUGAGUAUAAAAUCUUUUUGAUGGUUAAUGUAAAAUUAAGACCACCUAAGAAUUAAAAAAAAAAUGUAUAGCUGAUCUAAACACCAAAUUCUUUUCGCUUUUGUUUUAUUUUAAAAAAUUUUGAAAAGCUGCUUAUUACUUGAAUUCGAGGCAUGUUUUGAAUUUACAAACAUGUUAAUAUAAUGCUGGCCUCAUUUGUCUGUAGGAGAUGCUUUCGAAAUUGGUUUUUAUUGUAAUAUCAUACUUCAAAAUUGAUCUAAUAGUAGUAAAGAAUCAAUCGUGAACUUAUAGGAACAGUCAACAGUAAAGUUUUUUUUUUAUCAAGAAUACCAAUUUAAUAUAUUACCCCAUAAUUGUAACAAUCUUAAAAAAUAAUUGUUCUGGAAUGUUCUUUUUGUGUUUAAUGCAGUGUGAGUUUUUUCUUUCCCGUUGCCCUUUUUGGUGUGAGAGUAAGUUCAGUGUCGGUUUGCAUGUGAAAACUACAGAUGCCAUUAAAAUUUGUUUGUGUGUGUAAUACAUGUGAAGUAAAGAUGCAGUUAUUAUCUUAUCCAAAAUUUAAUGAAAAUCUUAAGCCUGGGCUUGGUUACAGAUACCUAUAGUCAUUUGUGUUGAAUGAUAGAUAGUACAUAUAUUUGUUUAACCCGUUCCCAUUUCCUCCCCCCCCCCCCAACCCCCUCCUUUUCCUAUAAAAAGAUAUGUGUUGUAAAUGGAAUGUAAGUGUCAGUAUUUCUUUUUCUCCAAAAUUUUCCAAAGUUUAUAAUUAUGUUAAAUAAAAGAACAUGGUGUGUUUAAAAUACUUUUAAAUUCAGAGAUUACCCAUAUCUGUUAGACAAAACAUGUGCAGUGGAAAACAGGAGGUUUUGGCUUGUAGGGUUAUAGAAGUAGGCUGUCAAUCUUGACCAACAGAUUUGAUUCGUAACCUUACAGGAACUAAAGUGUAUAGUUCUGUCUGUCAGAUAUGCUUGUAAAAGUUUCCAGUUGUGUGCAGGGUUAAUCCUUGUGUAUGAUUUUGUGUUGGUUUCAUGUGCAACCAGUUGAAUUUGGACUCAGAAAUCCAGCAAAAAUUUUAGGUUGGUUUUCAGCCUUGUGUUUCUCUUGUAUGUGAUAUGCCAGAUGUGUGGCCACAUUACAAGGAAUGUGCCUUAUUGAUGUGGUCAUUCAACUGUGACUAGGGCAUUGCGUUAUUUCAAUUAAACUCCCUUAAUCACUCGAUAGUAACCAGUGUCAAUGAAGAGCUCACAACUUACAUAUGGUUUGAUUUUGAAAUUGUUGUUUAAAUUUAUGUUGUAUGAUGUGAGGGCAUGGCAAUAUUGCCAACUUGUGAGAAAGUGAAUUGUAUGAAAUCAUCAUUCUUUCUAAAGACUUAAUUAAAAUUGUGUCACUACAGUUCUGUUAACAGUUGCGACAGAUAAACAUAUAGUACUAGUAAAUUACCUAGUUCAUUUCCCAGUUGUGUAUGUGUUAACUAACCCAGAAGUGAAGCAUUCAGGUUCAGAUCUACAUUGUGGCCAGUUUAAAAUUCCAAAAGUAUUGCAGAUUGUGGUAUGCUUUGUGAAUUGACUUAAUGUUUACUGAAAAUGUGUAUUUUUGUUAACCUUUCAUGUUGCAGACUUUUUUUUUUUGCAAGCCAGGGUUUUGUUGCUUGACAUACGUUGUGAACGUUUACAAUAUCGCCAUGCGUGCUUCAGAGAGGUACAUGGUAUGGGGGUUUGUUAUGUAAUUGUGAUAUUAAGUUUACGUGAUUGUGAGUGUACUAUUGGAGAUGUGCUUUAGUCAUUGUUCGAAUUUUUCCUGUAAUAAACAUAACCUGCACUAA